CAAAUGUCGGUUUCUUCUGAUUCUAAGCUAAAGUAUAAGCUGAAACCCCUGACAAAAAUUCCAGCAAGUCACAUCAGGGGUAGAGACUUCCAAGGCUUUAUUCAGGACCAUGUUAAACACAAAGAACGAUUAACUCAAGGACAACUGGACGCCUUCCUAGAUGCUUUUGAGUGCUUUGACAAGGAUGAAACAGGCUGCAUUGAUUCACAUGCAUUACAGUCUACUGCAGCUAAAUUGGGGAUUGAUCUAACAAAUCAAGAAAUCCAGGAUGAACUAGAUUAUGCUGAUAUUGACAGAGAUGGAAAGCUGAAUUUUCCAGACUUUCUCACUGUUUUAACAGAUAAUGAUCGCUUUAUCCAGGCUGUUGUCCCAGAAACUGACCCCAACUCAGAUCUUGUUGAUUCUACGGGGAUCCUGUUGUUUGAAAUGCUGUCGAAGCUGGUGGAAACUGCAGCACUGCCUAGGAAGUCUAUGAUAGACAUAGUAUGCUAUUACCGGAAAAAAUAUCAUGAUGCUGCUGGCAGGCCAAUGUGGAGGCGCUACGAUGCCGGUGGAAAAAAGAGGCGCAAGUCCAAGAGGGAUUCAAUGAACCAGGGGACCAGCACAGCUGCCUUUGCUGAUGCCUCCCGCAUUGCUAUAAUGAGCGAGAAGGAUUUGUUGAAAUUCCUGGAAGAGCUCAAGAGAUGCAGUCCCCCCUCUGACAGUCCAUAUGCUAAAAUACCCAUCUUCCCACUGUUUCCAAAUAUGGAUGGGACGGUUAUGGGAAAGCCAUUCAAAGACUUACAAAGAUUGGAGUUGCUGAGGAAGAAGGAGCCUUUACAUUUCUUUGAGGACUAUUUUUUCCAUAGAAGAAACUGGAAGGCACAGGCAGCAUCUAUGAAACCUUUAGAAAAUUCAAACUGGCCAGAAGAGAUUAUCAAUAUUGAUCACAUGCUCAAGAAAAAGAGGCAAUGGACUGUAACUGAAGCAGCUUGUCUUCGGCACCAGGUAAAGAAAGCUACUGAUGCAUACCAUCUGGGAGUCGCCCUUGGACACCGGAAAGACAUGCUCAACUUCUGGCGCAAAAUUCGAGGUGAUCUGAUUGGGCUAGAAACUGGAAAUGAGUCCUUUUAUGAUACCUUCUCUACUUACACAUGGUCCUGGAAUGUUUGCCAAGAGCUCCUUUCAAGUAAAGAUUUAAAGUUGAAUGAUGCCCGAACAAAUAGAUAUUCCCAUGCAAGAGCCCUCUUCUCAUCCUUCCCGUACAUCACAGAGUCUGACAUAGAGUUAGGAAGGAAAAGGAAAAGGAAGAGAACUCUGCGAGGACAAACAUAAUGAGGCUGCUUCCUUUUCUAAAAACAACACACUCUAGGCUACUUUUUCAUAGUUUUCAAUAUUAUGGUUUUGUCUAAUACAUUCUUAUCAAUGGGAAAUGAUGACAUCUUUUGAA